UGAAGUGAUGUUUUAAGGGAGGACGUUGCCAAGUGUGACGUGAUGACGCGCAAGCUUAUUUAUACGAUGGUUCUAGUCAUGUGACGUGAGGCGAAUGUGUACCCGGAAGUGCGCUUCCUGGUUGUUUUGGGGAAGAGAGGAUGGCGGUCCCUUCUGCUCGUCCCGGGAUGCCUCACCCCGCAACUGGACCGGGGGCAGGACCGGGCCCGGCGGAAGGGGCGGACGUGCUCUUCGUGGCAUUAAGCGCCGGGUUCACGUCCCUGAGCCAUCCGUUGCUCUAUGUGAAGCUCCUGGUGCAGGUUGGUCAUGAACCUCUGCCUCCAACCAUUGGGAGAAACUUGAUGGGGAAAAAAGUAUUAUACUUACCUGGCUUUUUUACAUACGCCAAACACAUUGUGAAAGUUGAUGGGAAAAAAGGCUUGUUCCGUGGUCUCACUCCUCGAAUCAUCUCUAGCACUUUAUCAACUGUAACUCGAGGGCGAAUGAAGAAGGUCUUUCCUUUGGAGGAUAUGGAGCAUGUUUCGAACAAGGAUGAUGUGAAAACUUCCCUCAGGAAAGUGGUGAAAGAGACCUCCCAUGAGAUGCUAAUGCAGUGUGUGUCCCGGGUUAUUUCGCAUCCGCUGCAUGUAAUCUCUAUGCGUUGUAUGGUCCAGUUUGUAGGACGGGAAGUUAAAUAUAGAGGUGUAUUGAGCUCCAUUGGGACAAUUUUGAAAGAAGAAGGAUUUUUGGGAUUCUUUGUAGGUUUAAUUCCUCACAUUCUAGGUGAUGUUGUUUUCCUGUGGUGCUGUAACCUCCUGGCUCACUUCAUUAACACCUAUGCAGUGGAUGACAAUUUCAACCAAGCCUCUGUGAUCCGGAGUUACACCAAGUUUGUGAUGGGGAUUGCUGUGAGCAUGCUGACAUACCCUUUUCUUCUUGUGGGAGAUCUCAUGGCAGUGAACAACUGCGGGUUACGUGCUGGCCUCCCUCCAUAUUCUCCUGUGUUUUCCUCUUGGAUUCACUGCUGGAGACAUCUCUGUGCUCAGGGGCAGCUGUUCAGAGGCUCCAGCUUGCUGUUCCGUAGAGCACCCCUUUCAGCCACUAUCCUUUUUGAUUAAACUCAUCACGAAUGGGGAAAGCAAACUGCCUGUUGUAGAAGAAACACUAUAAGCUUGUUUUGCCUUUUUUUAAUUUUUGAAGUUAAAGAUGAAGAGCAAGACCAUCUUCUCCCCAGCAGGUUGGGUUGUCUUUUGGACUGCACUGGGGUUACCAGAUGACACUAAGAUUUUGCCAGUCAGAGGAAAGAGACAGCUGUUCAGUGCUGGAUCCAGAGGUGGGAUCCAACCAGUUCUCACCACUUCUCUAGAAGUGGUUACUAUUUUUUUCUGAGUAUCGAGAAGGGGUUACUAAAGCAACCUCCCUGCCCAAUAGGGACUGGAGGUACAUGUGUGUGGUGGCGCCACUGUUUGAAUCCCACCACCAUCGGAACCUGUUAUUAAAAUUUUUGGAUCCCACCACUGGUUGGAUCGUUACCUUUCUCCUGGAUGGUGGAGGUUCAAGUUGGGAUGGCUGCAGGCAAGGCUGUGUACUUGUGCUGCUGGCAGCCAGGUCUCAGGAGCGGAAAGCACUUGUCUCAGGGAGACAAGCGGUGGUGUUGUCCGCACGGUUUUGCUGUAUAUCAUAGUUCAUGUAUGUUGCUACUGUCAGAGGAAAUUUGACUUGUAUGUGAACUGUAUUGAUGCAGUAUUUCUAAUCCAUAAGGGAGUAUCUGGAAUAUGUUGGCUCAGCUUUUUAAUGCAUAUAUUAGUUGUGCUGUUCAACAGUUAAAUUAACUAAAGAUUCAGCAGUGGAUGAUUAGAGACAGAUUCUGAAGUUCAGUAGCUCCUUGAACAGUUAUAAUACUGUGGGAAGUAUCUUAGCAAAGUUUUCCACAAUCCGACAGGUUAAAGUGCUGCUGUGUAUAGAUGUGUAAUGAUUUUCCCUGCACUCAUCAUGGUGCUCAUUUGUUGUGUUCUGUGCAUUUGUGACUGUGUUACACGAUGACUCCAAAUGCUUUUUUUUCCUUCAACAAAGCUUGGAAAUGCUUUCUGGGUCCUUAGCAAGUGUGAUAAUUUGGUAAUGUUGUAUACAGUGAAGUAUGAGAUAUCUGACUUGGCUUUUCUUCUGCAUUCUUGGAUGGUCCAGGAAGAAUUUGUCCUCAGCACUUUACAUCUGGAAAACUGCAGGAAUGGGAUCAAAUUGUCCAAAUUUGGUGUCCCUAGUCUUUUGCUUUCAUAAUUUGAGUAGAUACUUUCUUUGAAGCCUGGGAGAUUGCAUCUGUGUUGCAUAUAUGUACAUCUAUUGUGCAGAAUGUGAAAGAACUUUUGUGAAAUCUGGAAUCAUAGUUUCCUCCUAAACCCUCUGACUAACCAUCACUUUGAUAGUUUUAUGUGAAAAGUAGAUUCAUGGUCUGUUUUUGUAACCAAUUUAAUUACAAGAUGACUUAAUUGAAAUAAAAGUAUGAAAAUA